GUGCCCUCUGUUCCUCUUUCGGCACAAAUCCACUAGAAAUGGAAAGCUACGUAGCCGGAUAACUUUUGUGUUGUUUUAUUUAUUGAAUAAACCCACUUGAUGUCGAAGAUAUGGAAUCCAAAAUAAAAUAGCAGUGCACAACUUUUAUUUACAUUACUGCAGGGCUCCAUCACGUAGAAGCGGCCACCACCGAAAUGACCAACCUGAACUGGAAACCGUUCAUCUACGGAGGGAUGGCCUCUAUUGUCGCAGAAUUCGGUACAUUCCCCAUAGACCUGACUAAGACGCGGCUGCAGGUGCAGGGCCAGUCCCAGUACAUGGAGGUGCGCUACCGGGGCAUGUUCCACGCCCUGUUCAAGAUCGGCAAGGAGGAGGGCAUCAAGGCACUGUACUCUGGCAUCUCCCCAGCUCUCCUGAGGCAAGCCUCCUACGGGACCAUCAAGAUUGGGACAUACAACACACUGAAGAGGUUAUUUGUGACCCAUCCGGAAGAUGAGACCAUGGUGAUCAAUGUGUUCUGUGGAGUGGUGUCUGGAGUCUUGUCCUCCUCUCUGGCCAACCCCACUGAUGUCGUCAAGAUCCGUAUGCAGGCACAGGGCAGUCUGUUACAAGGCAGUAUGAUGUCCAACUUCAUUAGCAUCUACCAGACAGAGGGAACCCGUGGCCUGUGGAGGGGCGUCAUCCCUACAGCUCAGCGGGCAGCCAUCGUAGUGGGAGUGGAGCUUCCUGUCUAUGACAUCACUAAGAAGCACCUCAUCAAGUCUGGCACCAUGGGAGACACCAUACUCACACACUUUAUUUCCAGUUUUAUGUGUGGCCUGGCGGGGGCGCUAGCCUCCAACCCAGUGGACGUAGUGCGGACACGUAUGAUGAACCAGCGAGUGUUGUCAGGGAACCCCAUGUAUAAAGGCACGCUGGACGGAGUAAUGCAGACAUGGAAGAACGAGGGAUUCUUUGCCCUCUACAAGGGCUUCUGGCCCAACUGGCUGCGGCUGGGGCCAUGGAACAUCAUUUUCUUCAUCACGUUCGAGCAGCUGAAGAAACUCAACUUGUAGUUGGAACAGGAAGUGGACACUCCGUCGGAUUAGAUGCAGGGAUGGGCAACUCCAGUCCUCGGAGGCCGGAGUGUUGUCCCACAUUUUCCCCAUUCCUAGAAAAUAGAACUGAUUAAGGCCAGGCACCAUACAUACCCUAUUGGGGAUUUAAAAAAAAUAUCUUAAUCAUAUAACAAUCAACUUUUCCUAGUUGAAUGUAGACAAGGUUUUGUAUAAAUGUUUGAAAUAUUAAUAUAAGUAUACAUAUUUGCAUUCCAUACAAAUUCUUUUUUUAUAGAUGCUGGAUGAAUUCUGCCUAAACGUUUGUUUCAGUUUAAGACACUCCAGGACCGGACUUGUCCAGAGCAGAUUCUGGAUAAACUUUUUAUCUUUAAAAUACUAAAGACUUGUAUAAUAAAACAUUUAAAAAAAUGUUAUCUAGAAUUUUAAAAAGUUACAUCAACAAUUCCCCCUGGGCAAGUCUGGAGAAUGUAUCUAAGGAUAACUACACACAAUUCAAAAGCAGAUGCUUCUGAAGCUGAGAAAAACAAGUUGGCGGUGUGGUGCCUGGCCUUAAACUGAAGAUCAUGAUUAGUUGAUUAUUGGAGUCCAGUGUGUUAGCUUGGGCUAAAGUGUGACAACAAUCAGGCCCCCGAGGACUGGAGUUGCCCAUUACUGGUCUAUAGUGUGUUGGAGAGCGGGAAGCCCCACAACACCCCAGCCCACGUGUCAAACUCAUUCCAUGGAGGGCCGAGUGUCCAGGUUUUCGCUUCUCCCUUGUACUUGAUUGAUGAAUUAAGGUCACUAAUUAGUAAAGAACUCCUCACACCUGGUUGUGUAGGUCUUAUUUGAAAGGAAAAAACAAAAACCACUAGGCCAGAGUUAUUCAACUCUUACUCUACGAGCCUGCUGGUUUUCUGUUCUACCUGAUAAUUGCACACACCUGGUAUCUCAGGUCUAAAUCAGUCCCUGAUUAGAGGGGAACUAUGAAAAAUGCAGUGGAACUGGCUUUGAGGUCUAGAGUUGAGUUUGAAAACACUAGGCCCUGCAUGGAAUGAGUUUGACGCCUCAGCCCUUGGUCCUUGUUACAUUCACAAUCCCUCCCUCUGUCACACAAUCUAUAUGUCUGUGCAUGCUCAUCUAAGUGUUAUUUUAGUUUUAUUUGAACUUUUAAUAAUAUUGAUAGUAUAAAAAAACAAACAUUUAAAGUUAUUAGUUGUAUUAUGUUUUUUCAAACACUUCUUCAUACCCCUCAACCACCCUUGAGGCCUCUCCUGGCAGCUAAACAUUAGGUUGUAGCUGAGGACGGAAGCCUGUUUGGGCCAAUAGGUAUUAGCUAGGUACGUUGUCUGCCAGCUUGCUACCUUCUUAGUGAGGAGGAGGACUAUCCUGGGUGGAAUGGGAACUGGAUAUCUACUUGAGCUUAUUUAGAGAGAUGUGGAAUGGGCCUCUGAUUGUGUCUGACCUAGUUUUUAACCGCAUCUCUGCUCUGCAUGGGACAUGCAGGAAAAAGACAAAGGUUUUGUGUCAUUUCAGCCAGAAAGUAGUGCUCACGAGCCAAAACUGGUUCUGAAAAUUGUGCACAGUUGUGUACGUCAACUAUUUUCUACAUGUUCCGUCCUGAAAUUUAAAAAAAUAAAUAAAUCUUCCUACAAUUCGUAUGAUAUGUUACGUAUUCCAAUUCGUACAAUAUGUUGCAAAUGUAAAGAUCUGGUUCAAUCUCUUUAAAUGUUUAGAAUUGUAGUUUUGCCUGUCUGAUCUGACAUUUGAAUAAUCUAUGCACUUGUUUUGGGCAACACUAGCUAGCAGAGGAUGCAGAGGGGUUUUAUUGUCAAAUCAGUUAUUCUCAAUGACUUACCUUUUUAAUAAAAGGUUACAAUAGAUUCUGUUAGAGGAACUCAGGACAAAGCUGGGACUGUAUCUGUAUGGCUAAUAAGAUGGGAUUGGGGACUUUUUUGACAUUACUUGAAUGCAGUCUGUUGUUGAGCCAAAGCCACCAGUUGUUCCCCGAAGAGUGACUGCUUUCUGUGCAUGUCACUACAAACCCCCCCGAAUACCUGAUAAGUUGUUGGCUCAUGCACAAAUUCUACUGUAAAAAACAUGUCACUUUUCAUCAGAAGGUAGUAGAACUAUUGAAAGGUUUUAGAUUAUGUUAUUUUCCUUUGCCCUCUCCAAGUCCACUGACCUCUGUGUGAAACAGAGUUAUGUUUUUUCUUGCCCGGAACAGGCAUUGCAGUGGAAGCAAUUAGGACAUUUCUUGGACCUGCCUGGUUGUCAUGGUGAUUCCCAUAAAAGUACAUUAUGUACAGAGAGACACACAUGUAAAGGUGGAUACACCAUAUUGUGACAGGCAUGUCUAGCUUGUACAUAAAGCUACUUCAGAGUACUUGCUUUUUGUUUCUAUUUUGAGGUUUGCUUAAAGCCCUGAAUAGAAAUGGCCUGUAGUACUAGGAUAUGGUGGCCGUAGUGCCAAAGUGUGCAUGUACUGUACUGCACCGCUGUUGUAAAGCUCUGUCCCUGAAUAGGUCUGAACUGCACUGUUACAUACUUACUCAAGCCUUACACUUUACUUUCAUAAUAAUGUUUCUAAUUUCUAUGAUGCCUCUUUCUGUGCCUCUGCCUCAUGUCCCAUGGUCAUGUUGAGUUGUGUUUUUAUUAGAAUGACAAGUUUUGUUGUAGCAUUUCCAGAUCAUGUAUAUGGAUGUUAGGUGUGAGAGAUGUGGGUGUUAUGUACUGUGUAAUUAAUUGAAACCAACGUCCUGUUUUCUUUAGGUUUGAUUUUUACAGAUCAUGCUUACGGGCGGCAGAUGGCCUAGCGUUUAGAGUGUUCGGUCAGUGACCGAAAGGUUGCUAGUUCAAAGCCCUGAGCCAACAAGUUGAAAAAUGUGUCUGUGCCCUUGAGCAAGGAACUUAGCCCUAAUUGCUCCAUGAUCGCCAUUGAUAAUGGCUGACCCUAGCCGUGACUCCACUCUCCAAGGGUGUCUGAGGGGGAGUUGGGAGAUGGAAAAAAAACUGAAAACAAUCACAAAUGCGUAUGAAUACAAACGUGUACAUGUGUGAAAUAGGACAAUUAUAAGCAUUCAUUUGUUGUUUCAGAAGUCAAAGCCGUCCUUUGAGCUUUUUCAGCUUUACCAUGAUGAUGUGUCUUUACCAUGAUGAUGUAAUACUUUUUUCCCACAGAGAAUAUUGUGUGGGUUUCUUUCCUUUUAAACACAUCCAUUGUUUGUGUGGAAGAGACUAUUAUAUUGGCUAAUAUAUUUAGUCAGAUUUAUUGAAAAAUAUGAAUGAAUAACUUGUAUUUUUAUUGGAUCGAAUUUCUUUCCAAAGCUUUAUCUAUUUUUUAAAUAACCUCAUGUUUUCCCAUAUGAACUUAACAAAGAACACUUUCUUGAAGUCUUGAACUUGUUUCCCCUUUACUCAAAAAUGCAGAGUAUGUUAUGUAGUUAUUUGUCUCUAAUUGCUGUUAUUUUAUAAUGAUUAUUGGACAAUUAUUGCAUUUAUACAACCCAUAUAGUUGGCUCCAGCUGCAUUCUGGUAACCACAAAUUGAUUAUUACUUGGGUGAUCAGUACAUUUUCAGUUCAUUCACUUCAGAGAGUGAUUUGAAUUUCCAAUUUAAGAAUAGAAAAAACCCUAAUUGAAAAUGGAUUCAAUCAUUGUAUUGGAAUUUCAGAAUUGACCAACCCUGAAUGCUUUCUCUUCAUAAUCCUGUCUAUCUUCUUAUAUCAUGAAAAUGACAGUACAAUGUUGUCAUUCAGCUGUUACCAUUUGACUCCUUAGACUUGCCUUACUGUAUUGUUUUUCAGUUCCUUCAGAAAGUAUUCAUACCCUGUGACUUAUUCCACAUUUUGUUGUUACAGCCUGAAUUCAAAAUGGAUUUUCAUUUACAUACAGUGCCAGUCAAGAGUUUGGACACACCUACUUAUUCCAGGGUUUUUCUUUAUUUUUUACUAUUUUCUACACUAGAAUAAUAGUGAAGACAUAAACUAUGAAAUAACACAUAUGGAAUCAUGUAGGAGGAAAAAAAGUAUUAAACAAAUAAAAAUAUAUUUUAUAUUUGAGAUUAUUCAUAGUAGCCACCUUUAGUGUGUGCAAAGCUGUCAUCAAGGCUAAGUAUUCACACCCCUGAGUCAAUACAUGUUAGAAUCACCUUUGGCAGUGAUUUACAGCUGUAAAUCUUUCUGGGUAAGUCUCUAAGAAUUUUGCACACCUGGAUUGUACAAUAUUUGCACAUUAUUAUUUAAACAAUUCUUCAAGCUCUGUCAAGUUGAUUGAUCGUUGUAAGACAGCCAUUUUCAAGUCUUGCCAUAGAUUUUCAAGCCAAUUAAGACAAAACUGUAACUAGACCACUCAGGAACAUUCAAUGUCUUCUUGGUAAGCAGCUCCAGUGUAUACUUGGCCUUGUAUUUUAGGUUAUUGUCCUGCUGAAAGGUGAAUUGGUGUCUGUUGGAAAGCAGACUGAACCAGGUUUUCCUCUAGAAUUUUGCCUGUGCUUAGUUCCAUUCCGUUCCUUUUUAUCCCCCCCAAAAACACCCUUCCUGAUGACAAGCAUACCCCUAACAUGACCACCAUGCUUGAAAAUAUGACCUCAUGUUUUCCCAUAUAUGAAGAGUGGUACUCAGUGACGUUGCAUUGGAUUUGUCCCAAACAUAACACUUUGUAUUCGGGACAUAAAGUACAUUUCUUUGCCACAUUUUUAACUGUUGUACAUUCGUGCGUUAUUGCAAACAGGAUGCAUGUUUUGGAAUAAAUUUUUUUCUGUAUAAGUGUCUUUCUUUUCACUCUGUCAUUUAAGUUAGUUUUGUGAAGUAACUCCAAUGUUGUUGAUCCAUCCUCAGUUUUCUCCUAUCACCUCAUGGAGAAAUACCUGAGCGGUUUCCUUCCUCUCCGGCAACUGAGUUAGGAAGGAUACAUCUUUGUAGUCAUUGGGUGUAUUGAUACACCAUCCAAAGUGUAAUUAAUAACUUCACUGCUCAAAGGGAUAUUCAAUGUCAGAUUUUUUUUUUUACCCAAUAGGUGCCACCCUUUGCGAGGCAUUGGACCUCCCUGGUCUUUCUGGUUUAAUCUGUGUUGUAUAUGUGGGGUACAGAGAUGAGGCAGUCAUUCAAAAAUCAUGUUAUGCACACAGUGAGUCCAUGUAACUUAUUAUGUGACUUGUUAAGCACAUUUCUCCUGAACUUAUUUAGGCUUGCCAUAACAAAGGGGUUGAGUACUUAUUGACUCAAGACAUUUCAGCUUUUAAUUUUUUAAUUAAUAAAAAACAAUGUCAAGCAUAAAUCGCUUUGAUAUUAUGUGGUAUUGUGUGUAGGCCAGUGACACAAAAUCUACAUUUGAAUCUAUUUUCAAUUCUGGCUGUAACACAACAAAAUAUGGAAGAAGUCAAGUGGUAUGAAUGCUUUCUGAAGGCAUUGUAUAUUUUAAUGACAGUAUAUCGUAUUUAUUUCUGUUUUCGUGGUUGUAUUCUCUACUGCUGUAUGACUCAGCUGGCUGGGACACUGUUUGGUCUCUGUCAAAUCUUUUAGCCUGUCAUAUUACCUGGUCAUGUGCACUUUGGUAAAAUGUCUGUCGAUAAAACUGUAUUUGCAAUCAUA